CGCGGCGCGGCGCGGAGCGGAGCUGUCAGCACAGCGCGCUGCCCCGCACCUCGCCCUGUGACCGCCCAGCCCGGGCAGGGACGUGCCUGGCCCGCGGGCUGCGAGACGCCUUCCCCGCCGCAGCCGCAGCCGCAAACAGAAAAAUGAAAACCCACCCAGCCAUCGUUUUCCUCCUCCUCUUCGUGAUCAGCUAUGGCUCUUCUGAAAACUCGAGUACAUCUAGAGGAUGUGGACUGGAUCUUUUCCCCCAGUAUGUUUACCUGUGUGACCUGGAUGCUAUCUGGGGAAUAGUAGUGGAGGCCGUUGCUGGAGCAGGAGUGCUGACAACACUGCUGCUGAUGCUGAUUUUGCUAGUGAGGUUGCCAUUCAUCAAGGACAAAGAGAAGAAAAGCCCACUGGGAAUGCAUUUCCUCUUUCUUUUUGGGACUCUAGGACUGUUUGGGCUGACGUUUGCAUUCAUCAUACAAGAAGAUGAAACAUUAUGUUCCAUCCGAAGAUUUCUGUGGGGAGUUAUCUUUGCCUUGUGCUUCUCAUGCUUGCUAGCUCAAGCCUGGAGACUACGUAGGCUAGUUCGACAUGGUAAAAGUCCAUCUGGCUGGCAUCUGGCUGGCAUGGCAAUCUGUCUGAUGCUGGUCCAAGUCAUUAUUGCAACAGAGUGGCUGAUACUGACAAUUGUGAGAGACAAGAAAUUGGCCUGCAAUUAUGAGCCAAUGGAUUUUGUUAUGGCUUUGAUUUAUGUUAUGUUCUUGAUGGUGGUAGCCAUGGGCUUGUCUCUCUUCACUCUCUGUGGAAAAUUUAAGAAGUGGAAGAAAAAUGGAGUAUGCCUCAUUAUAACAGUUUUUUUCUCAAUUCUAAUUUGGGUAGCUUGGAUGACUAUGUACCUGUUUGGUAAUAUUGAACUGAAGAGAAAAGACAAAUGGAGUGAUCCCACUCUUGCAAUUGCAUUGGUGUCUAGUGGUUGGGUGUUUGUUAUUUUUCACGCUAUCCCAGAAGUUCACUGCACCAUUCUUCCAUCACAGCAAGAAAACACACCCAAUUAUUUUGAUACUUCACAACCAAGAAUGCGGGAGACUGCUUUUGAGGAAGAUAUACAACUUCCUCGAAGCUACAUGGAAAAUAAAGCCUUUUCAAUGGAUGAACAUAAUGCAGCUUUAAGAACAGCAGGAUUUCGCAAUGGCAGUCUGGGCAGCCGACCGAGCGCUCCCUUUAGAAGCAAUGUUUAUCAGCCAACUGAGAUGGCAGUUGUGCUGAACGGUGGGACUAUACCAACUGCUCCGCCAAGUUACACUGGAAGACACCUCUGGUGAAAGCUAUGGGUUCUAGAGAAUAAGAGUCAUUGUUACAGAUUUUGUUCCCUGGCAGUGUGUUUUUCUGAGGGAGGAAUCAAAAAUGCCAGAACAAAGCAACAAAAGAUCCAGGAGCUGAAAUCCUAGAGAGGAUUUUAUGUAAAUGUGAACACUAUUGAACUGAAGCUAAUCAUAAAAAUACAACUCUGCAAAAUUCAAGCUGAAUCUAAUUUGAAGUAGAACUAGGCACACUUUAAAACGGAAGAGGGGAUACUGCAUUCAGAAAUGUAAGAUAUAGUCUCUCUGUAACUAGUGUGCAAGGCAAGCCUGAUUUUUAUUGCUUGCCAGUUGCUUGCAAAAAAAUCCCCUCCUCUCUUUCCUAAACUUAAUCCAUAUUGCCACAAGAGAUUGCCACUACAGCGUGAAAACAUACAGGCUUUCUUUCUACUUUGUUGAUUUUUUUUCUUCGUUUCAAAUGUCUCAUGAAAAACUUUCUUGUUUGCUCUGUUAUCCAUUUCUGAUGUAAAUGUCCUUGUGAAUGUCAUGUAGAGUUGAGCAUUGCUGGUCUGUGGCAACAAAGUGACCACCACUCUCAACAAUGAUAUGCUUUUAUUCUUUAAAAGGAUCAUGAAUCAAAUUUGGUGCUGGACAGAUGGAAGGGCUGUGGCAUGUUUUGUGCAACUGUGUAAAGCCCCCGAAUGGUAGAGAAGGAAGGUAGUGGUCCAAGGUAGAGUUAGAUCUUCUCAGUCAUAUGGAAUCGGAAAUUGAUGGUCAAGAUACCCUGUUGUUGCAGUCUCACCCCAGAGUACAGGCAAAGAACCACGUGUUCUCAAACUCUUAUUUUUGUACAAAUGUACAUGUGGGGCCACUGUAUGAAACAAUGCAGAGACCUGCUUCUGCAGAGACUUAGCUGAGGAGAGAAUAAGGCUUGGGUUUGCCAAGGAGUCCCAAGAGAUGAAAGAGUAAAAGAAACCACCUAUAUGACAGAGAUCUUAUGGGCUGAUCCUUAAGACGUUGAGCAAAGCACCUCAGUAGCAGCUGAAGGAUACAGCUCUCCUUCCAGGAGGUACUUGGUAGCUUCAGGGAUCGGACCUUCUGUUUCUAGAGGUGGGCCUGGUCUUGCAAUCCCUACUCAUGUGAGUAGCCCCACAGACUGCAAUUUUUAGUGCACUUCAGUGUGUAGGUAGCAGCAUCUCCAUGUGGGAGGUCAUGGUGUUUUUAUUUUUAUUAUUUUAUUUGGGGAGCUUAUAUAAGGCAGACUCUAUCAAAGGGUUAGAAGUUAUCUAACCAGGUUCUCAUUGCCCAUUUUUCGUGCCAUGGCCUUCAUUACUUUUAAGCAAAUCAUUCCUUUAUUAUUUAGCAUUUAAUACAUAUCAAACAUUGAAAGCAUCAUUGAAUUCACUGUUUGGCCAAUAUUACUCUUAGUUUUCCUAGAUAUUAAAAGCAAACUCUUUUUACAGGAGGGUAUGUGAAAGUGUAUAAGGAUGAAAUUUUGCAUAUGCUGUAAUAAAAAUAUAUAUUUUCAAAUAAAAAGUAUAAAUGUAGAAAGGAAACUGAACACCUGAAUAGCUUUACAGGAAAAAGCUCCUUGCUAUAUACUGCAAAAGAUAAGCUGUUUAUUUUUUUAAUAAAAAAGUCUUCCUAGUUUGUCAUGUACCUCCAGUUCUAAUAUGAGAAUAUAAUCCUGUAGACUUGUAUUCAAAUGAGUAGGUCCAUUGACAUCAGUAAGUCUACCUACAAGUGCAAGGGCUGCAGGAUCAGGACCUUAGUGCUGCACACAAAUAUACCAAUAUGUAUGUGCAUGUGUAUAUAUAUAUAUAUAUAUAUAUAUAUAUAUGCAUACACGCACACACACGCACACACAGAUAUACACACACACACAGUCUCACCAUUCUUGCCAUGAUCAUCUUAUAGGGGUUUAUUUCUAAAAGCCUUCUCUCUGAGGAGCUAUAUUUUUCUGUCAUGCAUGAUUAAAGGAGCAUGUUAGCUCCAUGUCAGAUGUUCCCCCCUGGAGCCAAAGGAAGCAUGUGCUUGUUUGAAUUUAAACAACAAAGAUUGUUUCCCCCACACCCCUUCUUUUUUUAGGUAACUGCAACUGAGUGAGCUGGGGUAGAUAUUGCAUGUUGUCCAGCAAUUUAGCCAUGCAGUUCCUGUUAAAACAAAGCCUUGAUCAAAUAAAAUGAUAUUAGUGAUCCUGAUUAUUAAACCAGAGACUGAAUCACUGGGAGCCAUAUAAACACUCCUAAUAAUGGCUUGCCAACAAAAGUUUCAUUAAAAAACCUGGUUAAAAUAUAGGCAGACAAGGUUCUUUGGGUGAAUCUGAUACCUUUUAUAUUAGAUAAAAGAUAUCAGAUUCACCCAAAGAACCUUGUCUGCCUAUGUCCUUAGACCAACACGGCUACAACCUACACCCCUGGUUAAAAUAUAUAAUUUUGUAUUAUCAAAAUGUGUAAGAUGACCGUGGCACAUAUGGUAGGACAGGUUUCUUUUAAUAGAUUUAUCAGUGCUACAACUGAGAAUUAUGAAUUAAAUACAACACAUAUUUUACAGACUUUGGGCAAAUUCUUUACAAGAUACAGAGAUCCUAGAAAUGUUAAUGUACUUUAUGUUACCUAGAUGUGUAAAGAUUGACAAAUUAAGGUCCCAGGUCUACUCCUAACAAAGUCAAUAGGAGUUGGAAGUCCCUAAGCAAAGCCAGGGCCAGAUCCUGUAAAUCUUAACUCACAUGGCUACUCUUAAAGGGUAAUCAUGUAAAUGAGUACAAUUCACAUCAGUGAGGAUUUGCAGAACUGGACCUGCAAUUUGUGGUGGUGGAGGUGUGGUAAUAGAUUAGAGGAUGGGAUGUAUUUUCCAGCUUCACAUAACUAGUAAUAAAUGACUUAUGUUUGUCAAUUGGUAGUCUGUGGUGUAAUAUGCCCCAAAUAAUGUGUGAUUGAGAAAAAAAGGCACCUUUGUGUUAACUUAUAUUUUUAUUAAUGUAAACAUAUUGUUUAUGUUUGCCUUUUUUGAAAGUUACCUAGAAUGUAAAGCAUCUGUGAUCAAAAUACUAAAUAAUUGUAAGCACAAGACUUUCAGAUUUCAGUAUAAUGAGCUUUUAUAGUGUAAAAAGCUACUAUGUUGUCCCUUUAAAAAUAAUAAUGGUUAUUUCCUUCUCACAUAUUAUCUGUAUAGGAAAAUGAAAUCCUAAAACAUUUUAAAACUUUGUUAUAAAUAAAAAACUUUCUAUAAUAAGUGGCUUUGUUCAAUGGCAAGAGAAGAGUAUAGAGCAGAGGUUGGGAACCUGUGGGCCAGACUGACCCAAUUUGGGUCAGAGGUAGACAGGUGGACACUAUGAUCCACCUCCCACCAUCGCUUUUCCCUGCAGUAGCACAGGGAGAGCUAUUGCUGCCAAAUCAAAUGGCUCCACAGGCCAUAGGCUGCCUGCCAGCCCCUGUUAUAGAGCCAUACAUUAAGGGUCCAAUCCUGAUUAAUGGGAGUCAAGGGUGCACAGCACCUCCUAGAUGUAGAGCAUCUUGCAGGAUGGAACCCUAAAUACGUACCCUUGUUUCUACACACAAGGUACACUAACUAUUAUAGAACUAGCUAUUUCUGUAUUUAGUAUUGCACAGGCAUCUUGAUUGGCUGUUUGAGCUUGAUGCCUUGGGUUUAACUAAAGGCUGUGUAAAGGGGAGCAUUGUAGCUUUUAUUAUAAAACAACUGGACUAUUCUACCAGCUUACAGGAUUACAAAGCAGGUGCUUUUUAUUAACUGAUGAGAGCAAAGGCUCAUUUUUGAUAGAUAAUAUAUAUAUAUUUAUUAAAUGUAUUAAUGUGUGUUUUAUAACGUACCCUUUUUUCCGCUGACUGUUGCAGACUGGUAUCGUAUUAAGUACAUCUUUAAAAGGAUUUUCAAGACAAUCAACAUGUACCAUAAUGACUGUACAUAAGUAUACAAAAUUAAAAAGGUUGUAAAGCAUGGGCAAAUGUUUUAUUUUCAAAAUGCUGUUCUUAACAAAAAUAAAAGCUUUACUAUUUACUUACAA